AUGGUUGCAUAUUUCAAAACAAUACAUACGGGGCCUGGCUCGCCUUUGGAUUACCCACAAUUGAAGAUUCGCAACUUUUCUGACAAUCCGUUUGAUGACUCCGCCCGUUCAGGUCCACAGCCCGACCAAGAACCACCAGAAUUUAUGACUGUACAUACCAAGAAUACAACUACAAUCGAGUUUCAAGAACAGAGGUGGAACUAUCGUGGUGUUGAUCGAUACAAUUACGAGUUUGAUGCCAAUGGGAAACAAAAGAAGCUCUCCAAUAUCUUUGAUCUUGGAAAAAGACAGAAUUUCAAAGAAGUGUUUGGAGACGGAUGGAUGUCCUGGCUUCUACCUGUAUCGGUGACUAAAAAAGUUGCCGAUUCCGGAUUCAAAAAUGGAAUCAACUUCAAGGUCAACGAAGAAGUUUAUAAGAAAUGGUGCAAUAAUGCUGAGUUGCAGAACCAGUUGAACGAGCAACUACUGAACUUCAAAGAUAGAGUAAGAAGAGAAAGAGAAAGUUAUGUAGAGGUAUAG